AUGCAGGAUCCCAUGCAAAUAAAAAUAGGAAUCGGACUCCAAUUAAUCCGUACACUUCUCCAGCGCGAAAAUACAAUUGUUAUCGCUACCAAACGCGCGACUUCUACCGAUUCCUCUGAGCUGGAAGGGCUUUCUAAAGCGCAAGGCUCGAGACUUAUUAUCGUUACGCUUGCUUCGGAUAUCGACGAUGAGAAAGAGGAAAACAGAGAGAAUACUGUUGAUGAUUUAGUGGAGAGAUUAAAAAACAAAGGAGUGGAGAAAAUCGAUACCUUGAUCUUAAACGCCGGCGCAGCGACAAGUUUCGAGAGUGUGAAAGAGACGAGUGUGCAGGAACUGCAGGCGCAUUUUCAGAUUAACACGGUGUGGCCGAUUCGGAUUUAUCAGGUUUUGAGACCGCUGUUGCUUGGUUCUUCUGCUUCUGAUUGA